CAUGGAUCAACGUUACCCUCUCCCCGAGCUGCCUGGCGUCCCCAGUGCAGUACCUGAGGCAAACACAGUCAUUAGAGUAUUUCUAGUGAAUGGGGAGUCACGGAGUCUACGCCUAGACGAGAGAGCUGACGUCAAUGACAUUAUCCGGUUCAUCUUGGAUCGGCUGCGGGUGAACAUGGAGGUAGCGAGGCAGCUGUUUGGUAUCCUCCUCAAACACAACCACAGCCACGAGGCCUACUGGCUACAGUCUGGCUUCACUGUACAGGAGCUGUUGCACGAAUACUGUGGUCUGCGUCCGCUGGAUGACUGGAAGCUGUUGCUACGAUUGCGAGUGAUGCCCAAGACCCCCCAACACCUGCAGUCACAGGACCCUAUCUCUUUCCAGUACUUCUAUGAUCAGGUGCUCCGGUCGUACUUGGAGGACGAUUCCAUCCACGUUGACAACGACACAGCUGUCAAGUUGGGUUGCCUAGAGUUGAGACGGUUCUACAAAGACAUGCCUCAGAUUGCACUCAAAAAGAAAGAAAACUUCACCAUGCUUGAACGUGACAUAGGUCUUGAGAAGUUCUUCAAACAGAGUCUACUGAGCUCGGUGAAGCACAACAAUCUGCGUAAGACGGUGGUGAGUGCCUUCCAGCAGUACGAGAGCCUCACAGUGGAGGGAUGUGUCUUCCAGUUCUUCAACAUACUCUCAAAGCAUCAUGCCUUCGACACUGAGAGGUUCACCAGCUGUGCCGUGGGGGAUGACCACGGCCUUCCUCUUACAUUUGACGUGUUUGUGGGUCCCAAUUGCGACAUUGAGUACCAGCCUGAUGGCGGAGAGCGACGGUUCCUUGCUGCAUUCAAUGACAUCCAGGACAUCACCUACGAGUCUGAGCUCAUGUCCAGAGGCAGAGUGAUCAUUGACAUGAGGAACCAGCCACCUGUGGUGAUCCGUACAGCUCAGUUGGUAAAGGCAAUUCACUUGGCCAGUCUCAUUGAUGCCUAUUGCAUAGUGUACACAGCCAACUCUCACAGCAGAAUCACUGGAGUGGGUAACCGUGUCAAGAGAAACUCAAGCAGAUUCUCUGGUAUCUACAACAGGAUAGAUGACCUGACACACAGAGAUCCAGUGCCAGUGCCCUACACCACCUUCAGGUCCUCUCAGAGUUUUGAUUCUGGUGAGUAUUCGACAGUGGCUGAGGCCAAUGCGUCUCUACUGGGUAAGCCCAUCCACCCGAAGGAGGUGCACCUUGAGAACAAGAUUGGGGAGGGGCAGUUUGGAGACGUCCACAAGGGAGUCCUCUAUCCAAAUACCCAUGAAGAGAUAGAGGUGGCCAUCAAGACGUGCAAACCAGAUGCCACAACUGACGAGAGAACUAAGUUCCUUGAGGAAGCCGCGGUGAUGAGGAAGUUCAAUCAUCCACACAUCAUCAAACUGUUUGGCGUGAUGACGAACAAUUCUGCCACUUAUAUCAUCAUGGAGUUAGCCCCUUAUGGCCAGCUGCGUCGGUAUCUGCUCACAGAGGGAUCACGGAUCACCCCGUUAACACUCCUCCUCUACAUUCACCAGCUUUCCAUGGCCCUGAUGCAUCUCGAGUCCCUCAACUUCGUGCACCGGGACAUUGCUGCCAGGAACGUGCUUAUGGCCACUCAUGAUGUCAUCAAACUGGGUGACUUUGGGCUCUCCCGAGGCCUUGAUGAUGCUGACUAUUACGUUGCCUCCCAUGGAAAGCUGCCCAUCAAAUGGAUGGCCCCUGAGAGCAUCAACUUUCGCCGCUUCACUGGAUUGAGUGACGUGUGGAUGUUCGGUGUAUGCAGUUGGGAGGUCCUCAUGAGAGGUGUCAAACCAUUCGUGGGCAUCAAGAACGAUGAGGUCAUCUCUAAGAUAGAGUUUGGUGAGAGACUGGCCCUGCCCCCCGAGUGCCCGGCUAGUCUGUUCCGACUCAUGAACCUGUGCUGGCAGUACGACCCUCUCGACAGACCCACCUUCAAGGAGGUGGAGAACGAAAUCAGGUACAUCAUUGAGGAGGAGAAACAAUUGAGUGCAGCUGCUGCCUCUACUAGACGCAACUUUGUGAUUGAACGCGACCCCGCUGCCCCCCUGAAGCCAUCCCGUGUACCCGCUGACCCCUUGAAGUCGUCCCGUGUGCCUGUACCCCCAGGCAUGUCUCGUGUCCCUUCUGACUCUCUGUCAAAUAGGCUCUCGGCACAUUCAGAGUUUGAUGAGAGGAAUGGCCCCCCUCUCCCUCCGAGGGCCAUGAUGAGAAUGAGAGACUCCAUGAGCCCACCCACCGUUACAGUGUCGGAUCACCAUAGCGAUCACCCUCCACCAUUACCCAUUGAGCCUUACUCAGUCACGACCAUCGGCUCUCGAGACAACGGGCUGGACCCUCACAUCCCGAACCCCCGUCGCUCGGAAAGCCCCCUCCCUAGAAGUAUUCCACCUCCCUCCAUUAUACGACAGAGCCCUCGAGAGAGCGACAAGAGCGACAGUAAUCCGGAAAUUUACUAUUCCAACCCUUCAGAUAUGGCCGAGCGUGGUGGGGGGCGGGCGUUGAAUGAUGAGGGUGUGUUUGUGGACACUCAGCGCAUGUCCGUGAGCAGUGGGGACAGUGGGAGAGAGCCGGGAGUGCGGCCACUCAUGGGAGAUCUUCGUCCCUUGUCCCACGUCUCCACCAACUCAUCGGACCGUAACUCGCCAGAGUUUUCCGGAUCACCUCCUUAUGAAGAGGCGUACACCCCUCCUGAGAAUGACCCUGUUGUACUGCAGACCACCGCGGUGGUGAAGUCUGUGAUGGAACUGAGCAACAAGGUUCCCCUCUCACGACCCAAUCAGUUUGUGGAGCUGGUCAAGAAUGUUGGUAUGGCUCUGAGAGACCUGCUGGGGAAGGUGGACGAGGAGAUCAAGAACCUCCCAUCACAGACACACCAAGAGGUGUCCAUGGCUCACAAGGUUCUCUCUUCAGACAUGACAGCACUAGUGGAGGCAAUGAAGAACGCACAAAAGAACUAUCAAACGUUUCUAGAGGCCGACUAUCAGAAACAGUUUCUGAAGGCAGGACACAUUGUAGCCGUGAAUUCAAAACAGCUGUUAGAUGCUGUGAACUCCGCCCGCAGGAAAACACAGCUCAUGCAGAGAUGAACAUUUACAUAUGUGAUGUUUUUAGCUGCACAGUUACAAUGUAUGGUAUAAUUAUAGCAUUUCAUCAUUAAUAAUUGUUUGCUUCAUUCAGUGAGUAGUAUGUAACUGUUAAUAAUUGAAUGUGAAUUUAA